AUGGGUUUGGAGAGAGAAGGUGCUCAUCUAACAGUCAUUCAGAAUGGGAAAGUUAUCGUAAAUUUAUGGAAUGGUUAUUCGGAUUCAGAGUCACUUCGUAAAUGGAAUCAUAACACCAAAACAGUCCUCUUUUCUACCACAAAAGCAAUUGCAGCACUUUGCUUAGCGAUGCAAGUUGAUCGAGGUCGUCUGUCAUACGAUGAUCUGGUAGUGAAACAUUGGCCCGAAUAUGGACAAUACGGGAAGCAUAUGACCACAAUUGAAGAUGUUCUGACUCAUAAAGCUGGAAUUCCAUAUCUUGACAAUAUCACGAUGGAAGAUGUGGUAAACGGAAAAAGAAUUAUGCAGAUAAUGGAACAAGCCAAGCCUCUUUGGAAACCUGGCACUGCUACUGGAUAUCACGCUGUGACAUUUGGCUGGCUGGUUGAUGGUAUUUUUCGCAAAGUGGAUGAGACAGGUCGUAACAUUAAAACGUUCUUACAGGAAGAAAUUGCUGACAAAUAUGGUAUUGACGCCACAAUUGGUUUGUCAAAACAGGAAUUCAAGAAGUUAGCUCGAGUAACUCAGCCUGGGUUACUUGAAUACACCCGAGAUGUAUUGCUAGAUCUGCGAGUGAUUAUCAUGCUUGCAAUGAUGUAUGCACAACCAUCAAAUUCUUUGGCCGCAAAAAUUCGAAUUCAUCUAACGUGGCUUCCACUGAAUUUUGACACGGUGGCAGUGAAUGACCCAAACAUUAUUGAACUAAACAUGCCAGCAACAGGAGGUGUCAGCGAUGCUUAUAAUUUGGCAAAGCUAUUUUCACUGGCAAUUGAUGGAACACUUCUGAGCAACAGAACACUAGCACAAAUAACUCGACCAACUAUGGCUAAUUGGCAUUUGGAUCAGGUCUUCCUUUAUCCCUUUGUCAAAGGUCGGGGAUUCUUCUUCGAAAAGCAUCCUGUCAACGAGAAUAGUUACUUGUUUGGACAUCCGGGAUAUGGUUGCCAAGCACUGAAUAUCGAUAUCGACAAUAAGCUUGUCAUUGCAUAUCUAUCAAAUGGUCUAAAAACAGGGAGCGGUAAAAUGUGCAGGACAUAUCAAUCAAUACUUCGAUCUCUGUACCGAUCAUUAUGA